AGGGGCAUUAUAGCUGUGCCUAGGGAGGGGAGUCUGCUUGGGGACUCCUGUCCCUUCUGGAUCUUCCUCUUACUCUGUGGAUGAGUGCCUGAGCCCCCAGGACUUCCCCUGAGCUGGGUGCUGGGGUAGAGAUGGCAGAGGCAGAAGCAGAAGCAGUGCAGCUGAAGGAGGAAGGGAACCGGCAUUUCCAGCUCCAGGACUACAAGGCUGCAGCAAAGAGCUACAGUCAGGCCCUGAAGCUGACCAAGGACAAGGCCCUGCUGGCCACGCUCUAUCGGAACCGGGCGGCCUGCAGCCUGAGAACGGAGAGCUACGUGCAGGCAGCUUCAGAUGCCUCGAGAGCCAUCGACAUCAGCUCCUCAGACAUCAAGGCUCUGUAUCGACGAUGCCAGGCCCUAGAGCACCUGGGGAAGUUGGACCUGGCCUUCAAGGAUGUACAGCGCUGUGUCACCCUCGAACCACGGAACCAGAGCUUCCAGGAGACGCUGAGGAGGCUCAACACCACCAUCCAGGAGAAACUCUGUGUGCAGUUUUCUACAGACUCGAGGGUACACAAAAUGUUUGAGAUCCUCCUGGAUGAAAACAGCGAAGCUGAUAAACUGGAGAAAGCAGCCAACAAUCUCAUUGUCCUAGGCCGUGAGGAAGCAGGGGCUGAGAGAAUCUUCCAGAACAAUGGAGUGGCCCUGUUGCUGCAGCUUGUGAACACAAAGAGGCCUGAGCUGGUGCUGGCUGCAGUACGGACCCUGUCGGGCAUGUGCAGUGACCACCAAGCUAGGACCACAGCCAUUCUCCAUGCAGUCCGGACAGAGCGGCUCUGUAGCCUCAUGGCCCUGGAGGAUGAGGAGCUGUCUCUGGCUGUCUGCAACCUGCUCCAGGCCAUCAUCGAAUCUCUUUCUGGAGAGGACAAGCGAGAGCACCGAGGGGAGGAGGAGGCCCUGGUUCUGGACACCAAGAAGGAUCUGAAGCAGAUCACCAGCCACCUGCUUGACAUGCUGGUCAGUAAGAAGGUGUCUGGCCAGGGCAGGGAUCAGGCCCUGAACCUGCUCAACAAGAACAUCCCCAGGAAGGACCUUGCCAUUCAUGACAACUCACGAACCAUCUAUGUGGUGGAUAACGGUCUGAGAAAGAUCCUGAAGGUGGUGGGGCAGGUUCCAGGUCUGCCAUCCUGCCUGCCCCUGACGGACAACACCCUCAUGCUGGCCUCUAUCCUUAUCAACAAGCUCUACAACGACCUGCGCUGUGAUCCAGAGCGCGAUCACUUCCGUAAGAUCUGCGAGGAGUACAUCACGGGCAAGUUUGACCCCCAGGACAUGGACAAGAAUGUGAUCGCCAUCCAGACAGUGUCAGGAAUCCUGCAAGGCCCCUUUGACCUGGGCAAUCAGCUGCUGGGACAGAAAGGCGUGAUGGAGAUGAUGGUUGCGCUGUGUGGCUCCGAGCGUGAGGCAGACCAGCUGGUGGCUGUGGAGGCCCUCAUCCAUGCCUCCACCAAGCUCAGCCGCGCCACCUUCAUCAUCACCAAUGGCGUGUCACUGCUCAAGGAGAUCUACAAGACCACCAAAAACGAGAGGAUCAAGGUCCGCACACUGGUGGGACUCUGUAAACUCGGCUCUGCGGGAGGCACGGAUUACAGUCUCAGGCAGUUUGCUGAAGGGUCGACAGAGAAGCUGGCCAAACAGUGUCGCAAGUGGCUGUGCAAUGAGUCCAUAGACACCCGGACCCGGAGAUGGGCAGCAGAGGGCCUGGCCUACCUCACUCUGGAUGCUGACGUGAAGGACGACUUUGUCCAGGACAUCCCUGCUCUGCAGGCCAUGUUUGAACUGGCCAAGACCACUGACAAGACCAUCCUGUACUCGGUGGCCACCACCCUGGUAAACUGCACCAACAGCUAUGAUGUCAAGGAGGUCAUCCCUGAGCUGGUGCAGCUCGCCAAGUUCUCCAAGCAGCACGUGCCUGAGGAGCACCCUAAGGACAAGAAGGACUUUAUAGACAUGCGGGUGAAGCGGCUGCUGAAGGCUGGCGUCAUCUCUGCACUGGCCUGCAUGGUGAAAGCAGACAGCGCCAUACUCACCAACCAGACCAAAGAGUUGCUGGCCAGGGUAUUCCUGGCAUUGUGUGACAACCCAAAAGACCGAGGAACCAUUGUGGCUCAAGGUGGUGGCAAGGCGCUGAUUCCCCUGGCUUUGGAGGGCACAGACGUGGGCAAGGUGAAGGCAGCCCACGCCCUGGCAAAGAUCGCUGCAGUCUCCAAUCCGGACACCGCCUUUCCCGGGGAGCGGGUGUAUGAGGUGGUGCGGCCCCUCGUGAGCCUCCUGGACACACAGAGGGACGGCAUCCAGAACUACGAGGCUCUCCUAGGCCUCACCAACCUGUCCGGGCGGAGUGAUAAACUGCGGCAGAAGAUCUUUAAGGAGAAGGCCUUGCCAAACAUUGAGAACUACAUGUUUGAGAAUCAUGACCAGUUGCGGCAGGCAGCCACGGAGUGUAUGUGCAACAUGGUGUUGAACAAGGAGGUACAGGAGAGGUUCCUGGCUGAUGGGAAUGACAGGCUGAAGCUGGUGGUGCUGCUCUGCGGGGAAGAUGACGACAAGGUGCAGAAUGCGGCUGCAGGGGCCCUGGCCAUGCUGACAGCAGCUCAUUCGAAGCUGUGCCUCAAGAUGACCCACGUGACCACUCAGUGGCUGGAGAUCCUACAGAGGCUUUGCCUGCAUGACCGGCUGUCAGUUCAGCACCGGGGCCUGGUCAUUGCCUACAACCUGCUCGCUGCUGAUGUUGAGCUGGCCAAGAAGCUGGUGGAGAGCGAGCUGCUGGAGAUCCUGACUGUGGUGGGCAAGCAAGAGCCGGACGAGAAGAAGGCAGCAGUGGUUCAGACAGCCCGGGAGUGUCUCAUCAAGUGCAUGGACUAUGGCUUCAUUAAACCAGUGUCGUAGAGGCCCAGAGGGAUGCUGGGGCUGGUUCUGAACUGUGCAGAGUCCUGAGCUGGACUCUCCCCAAGUGUCGGUUCCACUAGGGAUCAUAGCAGGGACAGUGAAGUCUCUGUGUAGGAGGAAGACUUGGUUGCUCCCUGGUUGUGAACCCUUCCCUUUGCCCUAGGAAAGUUUGGAUGUUCCAUUGUCUCUCUUGCUCCUUGUCUCAGAUCUGUCAUGGUCCAGAAAUUCCUAGAGUACCUUUCAUCUAGAAUUUGGAAGACAGAUUGGAUGAUCCUUUCUGUACCCAUUCCAAAGGCCAGGAUGAUGGGCUGAAGUGCUUUGUAUUUUAAAAAAUGGUUUGUGUGGUAAGGGUGAACCUAACAGAUGUGUGACUACAAAGGUUAGUGCUGCUGUAUCUGGAUGUGGGUCUGUGUGAUUUCCAUACUGUCACUGGCAUGGUAUUUGAAUAAAGCUGCCUAGAACUGCA